AUGUACCCUUUUGUCGCUUCUUCUCGUCCAUUUGCGGUAACAACAGACUACCAGUUUGGCUGUUUUGACGAAAGUCAACCUGCCUCGGAGCUGGGCCGGUCGACGGAAGCCCCUCGAACUGGCAGCAAAAGACACGACCGUUCGGCCACGUGUUGCCUCCGAGACAGGCAAGUCGGCCAUUCUCAUGCCACCCUCAAAUGCAUGUCAAAUCCGCCUAUCGCCAUGGCAACAGUCGUCCUGUCGGUGUGCACCAAUGCAUCGGCCACUCGUCGACACCGCAUAAUGUAUGCAAUUUUUACACAUUUCCAGUUGGCGAAAAAGUCAGUUUCAGGCCUGGCAACCAGUCAAAUCACAGCCCAUCCAUUUCGUCCUCGAGGUUGCACACGGUAA